CGGAACAAUUAUAUAAGUGAAAACCAAAAGUCGACCGUAAGCCGAGCAGCAGGCAGGAACAGUUUGCUGAGGAUAACGCGACACAACCAUCGAGAUCAGAAUGGGCCUCAUGGCCAGCCAUCAGCUGAGCGUAUCGGAGCUGAGCGCAUAUCAGGCGGCCACAGGUCUGUCCACGGAGCAGCUGGAGCAGCUGCAUACACGCUUCCAGGCGCUGGAUCGACGUCAGCGCGGCUAUUUGACGCCGACCGAGCUGCUGCGCAUACCGCAGCUGGCGCAGAAUCCGCUCCACCGCCAGAUCAUCGAUGGCUUCUUUGCGGUCAUCAAGGAGGCCGACUCGGAUGUGGGCAAGGACAAGGCUGCGGAUGCGGAUGCUACCAGCGGCGAUCGCAUCUAUUUUGGCCAAUUUGUGCGCACCUGCGCCACCUUUAUGGUGCCCCAAUUUGGCCAGCUGACACAUACGCGCGCCGACGGCCGUGCCCAGAAACUGCGCCUGCUCUCCCAAAUGUUCGACACGCAGCGCAGCGGGCGAAUCGAACGAGCCGACUUCCGGCGGACGAUGAAAUGCCUGCUGGACAGCGUCCCGCCCUCGGAUGGGGUGGCCAAUCUGCAUCCGCAGGGCAGCGAAACGGAGCUCCAGCAGCUGGAGGAGCUGGCCUUUGGCGCCAGCGAUAGCAUCUCCUACGAGCAAUUCGAGCAGCGUCUGGCCACGGCCGAUGUCGAGGGCGGGCUGGCGGUGCGCAAGUGGCUGGAGGAGCCCGCCGACGAGACCAACUUAAAAUCUUCAUGAAAAUCAACUUGAGCACAAACAUCCACAAUAUUUCCAAAUUUUGUUCAGUUUUUGUUUUGUUUUUGCUGUUUUUUUUU